UAUCCAAGAGAGUCACACACAGUGACGUUCAGAACCUGAACGCAAGGGAUCAACAGCUAACAGUGUGUUCGUUUGUGUAUGUGUGUGUGUGUCUGUGUGUUUGCGCGCAUGGUUUGGAAGAGUCAAAUUAUCAUCAUGAGUGUGAAAAACAGGAAAUUCUCUCUGGACAGCUCCGUCACUGUGGACGGAGCUGGUCAUCUCGGCACCAAGAAAGGCAGCAGCCUAUUUAGCAGCAAGAAACACAGACACAGCCAAAGCCUGGACGAAGCCAGACAGGAGAUGCAGGAGCUAAAAGACAACCUCAACUUCAGCCGGUCCCUCAGGGAGCAAACCAUAGCUGAGGAGAAUCUUGAGCGGUCAGAUGGCCUUAUCAACAAUCACAACUUCUUGAAACGCAAUAAAAGCUUCCACAAGCUGUUCGCAGAGAUUCCUGAGGGGGAGAACCUGACACACACCUUCACAUGUGCCUUGCAGAAGGAGGUGUUGUAUCACGGAAAACUCUUUGUUUCUGAGAACCACGUGUGCUUCCAUUCAUCCGUGCUGCUCAAAGACACCAAGGUGGUGUUUCCUGUCUCCAGUGUGAAGGAGGUGAAGAAACAUCACUCAGCCCUGUCCAUGCUGUCCAUCCAGACUGCCGACGGAGAGAAGCACUCAUUUGUGUCUCUGAGGAACCGUGAGAUGUGUUACAAACUCCUCCAAAGUCUUUGCCUGCAUGCACAGGGAGACAGUCCAAACGGCAGCCCCCAUAUGUCCUCCACGGAGAACGAGGUCGGCCACGACAUGAUGUCGAGUUAUUCCAGUUUGGACGACAGCAUGGAUCAUGAUUUCCCCAAAGUCCCCCUGGACGACGACUUUCCUCAGACGCCCAGUGAAGCUACGGAGAGCGAGAGGAAAUCAGAGGGAACUGCGGCAUGCUCUUCUCUCAUCAAGGUCUUCUACGUCUACAUGAUGCUGCUCGUGCUGCUCCUGUUCACGUCCGGGUACAUCGGCCAGAGGAUCGUGGCGCUGCAAGAGCAGCUCAACAGUUUGGGAUCCCUGACCGAAUUGACUUCACAGCACACAGAGCAGCAAUGAAUGUAGCCAGAUCCAGCGAGCUGUUCAAAACAAAUCCUACCAGGAACUCACUUUGGUGUCAUGCAGUGCAGUGCACCUCUCUGUUAAGAUCUGUCUCUACACUGAUCCCCAUUUAGUUUAGAACAAAAAAAAAAAAAAAGCAUCUCAGUCCAUUUUAUGUACAACACAUCUUUCAGUGGAACGUCUCGAUGAUGAAUUCUUCGCCAUUCCACACCACGUCCCCUCGCAGUGAAAAUUAAAGCCCCGCGUCAGAUCGACGUCCUGCAGAUGAUGCGGGUCAGCACAAAGAUGCUUCAGGUCUGAACCAGGCCACACGCGGUGAACUACACGGCUCGCUGCUCGUGCUGGCAGAGCGUUACUGGGACAAUGUUUUCUGCGAGGAGCACAUCGAUUCUCUGCUGACGGAUCAAAAACUGAGGGGAGGCUCUCCUGCACAGAGCCAUAUGGAGACAGCCUGCUGAAGCCAUGUUUAUUUCCUGGACGCCGAACAGCUGAGCUCAGCUAGCAGAAGUUGCUGUAGUCCUGGCUGUCAUUUUCUUGGAUCAACACAACAGCGAGAGCACACGGGAGACGUUCUUAACACGAUUAUUAAAAGAAGCACUUUGUUGUUGCUUCAGGGUUCACAUUUUGCAGUUUGAGUGCUGGGAGUUUAUUGGCAUGCUGUAGAAAAAAGACUAUUAAUGACAAUAAGCAGCCAGCAGAGGGCAGUCACUCCCAUUAAACCCGAUGAACUGGCAGCAUUUUGGUUCAAUUGUUCUUAUUGGAUAUGAACAUGCACUGAAGUGUUACACUCCUUCUGCUAUUGAUCAUUUGUCCUAUCAAUAAAUACAAGAUAAUCCUGUCAUAUCCUGGGUUCAUACAUGUUUUGACACAUUUUUCAUGACUUUUUACUAAUUUAAAGGGACAAUUUUGUGCAUUAAAAGUAUGUAUAAAUUGUGGCGUUUUCUUAAACUUAAAUAAAUGAUCGAGCUCCAAUACUGUUUCAGCUUAAAUAAAACAUGGGUCAGGAUUAAACAUAAUUAAUUAAUGUAAAUACACUGAAUUAUUUCAUAAGCUGUUUUCCAUACUUUUUUCAUGAACAUAAAAUCCAUAUGCAUUAUCAGCGUCCACUCCUCCCAAUCAAUACGACUGGAGCCACAUUAUCCAAAUGCGCAAGUAUUGAAAUUCUGUGUCUGCCUCUCAGGGCCGUCUAAAAAUGUAACGACAGCCUGAAACCAAUCCCCUCGGUUCCACGUUUUUUGUACAUAAGUGAUUUUAUUUUGUUGUCCAUAAAAAGGUCAAGAUUCAGUCCCAUGAAUUAAUUUCAUUACAUCAUAUUUUCAGUUCAAAAAAAGCAACAUAAAGUUACAAAUCAUAAUACAAAGAAUAGAAUAGUAGGUAAGUACAGUAACCAUAUAAACAGUCCACUAAUAUUGUCUACCCGCCCGCCCCCAACCCCCCCCCCCUCCCCCCCACCAAUACCCCACUCAAACUCUAGCACAAAACUCAACAAUACAUCAGUUAGUAUCAGCGAUAAAAAAAUUCAAAUAAAUGUCCCGUUUUUCUUUUUUAAAAAGCGCUUCAAUGUUCCAAUGCCAUGAGCUCAGCUUUACCCUCACAUAGACUACACAAUAGAUAAUGUCCCGUCAUUUGCUCUGCAAAACACAACAGACAUGCAUACAGUUUGCACUGUUCAGCCCCACCCACCCCACCCCCAUCAAUAAACAUUCAAGGCCAGAGGAUACAAUAUACGUCAACUAUAGUGGUGCAUCGAUAAAACUGCAAGUUUCCAGCCUGUUUCUUUAACCCCGACGACUGAAAUGUGGAUUCCCUGAUAACUCGACCUGUCCAGAAAAACACCGUUCACUUCCAGAGAGAGGCAAUAACAGCUCAGAUGCCUGGUUCGAGAAGGUAACAGAUUUCCAUUAUUCAAAUUUCAGAGACACAAAGCACAGGAUGAGAAUGGGGGUGUUCCCUGUUUAAAGUGAGGACAGGAAGUGAGUGGAGUUCAGCGACGCUUCCGCUGCUUUCUGAGACCCUCUUGGAGUUAUCCUCCCAGUGUUAGUUCAGUGAAUGUUCCCUUUAACAAAACGCAGCUACUACCACUGAAAGUGAUGGAUCUCUGAGCAGCAGGUACCCUCUCGUACUUUUUUUUUUUCUCCAGGUCUGAACACAGGGCCUCUUGGUACUUAUCCAAACAGGACACUUGUAUCUUUGAUGCUGGCCUGAAUAACACAGUCAAUAAUAAUGAAGAAGACACAGAGACUUACAUUUUAUACCCUUAUUACACUUUGGAUGCUUUGUACAAUAGUGCUGAACUUAAGACCUGCUUUUGUCAUGCUUGAUCUGAUAUAUAUAUAUAUAAAUGUGUAAAUGUACUGUAAACUACAGUAUGUGUGUGUUGUGUGUGUGUAUAUGUUGUGUCUGGAUGUGUGUGUGAUGAUGUGCAAAGGUAUGUGUGGUGGAACCUGCACCACACCAACAGUGAGAGGCUCAAACAUGGCUUGUGUCAGACAUGAAGUGUGCUGCCACCCAUAAGAGAGCUCCUGUACACGUAGGGCCACAGAGGUUCGAAACGGAGCUAGUGGGCAUGAUGUCCCUUCCUGAUCCCAAUCACAUUAUUAGUCAUAACACGGACACGCACGGUUCUGAAACAAACGAUCCAUGGCCCCACACACUACGACGAACACAUUUGGAUUAAAUACAUCGAGACAAAAAACACGAGAAGAAAGAUGUGCUGAGGGUGAUUAUGAACGGUGGCUGACUGAUCCCGGAGACGAGCGCCACUCGAAACGUAACUCUGAAAACAAUUUGUGCUGUAAGAUUAUCAGUAUGAUCCCGAUGAUGUAUUAGCUUGGUGAACCUAGCAGCUUCUUUGUGUCCUUAAUCGUUUAGUGUGUCCAAAUCCAACCAGAGCAUCGAGUGAUCAUCAGAAGAGGGAGAAAAUAAUCAUCCAAAAGCUUCACUUCAGACUUGAAUGUAAAAUGUGGGAUACGUGCAAAUUCACUUUCUUGUUGAGGAUUAAAUUAGAAGACUGACACCUCUUCCAAAAGUAAACUCGGCAGUCCAUGAGGGACAACACCCACCUAACAACCGCUUUAAAGAUGCUAAAGUAUUUUGUUUCUGGCACGUUGUUGUUUCUCGAGGUGUUGUGUGCUGGAAUAUGUCCGGUCUGAGUGCAGUAACUUCCUGGAGUGUCUAUAGAAAAGUGGCACAAAUCUUCCAAUUGAACUCCCAGUAGAAAAGCAAACAUUUCCAAAAAAGUUUAAAAUUAUUCUUGCUGCCAUCAAGCCAGUGCACUCUUAACUUUUUAACGUCACCAAUUACUACACUGAAGAGCUAUAGCUUUCUCUUUAGAGCCAAACAAUCUAAUUAGAGCCGAUUUCUACGCUCACUGGAUUUACACAGAUAUUCUUGGGAUGAAUCUGAAAGACUUGCUUCCAUGUCCACCACACAACCCCUGUAGUUGAGACAAAAAGAAGGGCUGCGUGAGGGGGAAAAAAAGAAACGCAGAGAAAUCAAAAAUGAUUCUCUGUCGGAUGGUGCUGCAACCCUGUGGAUAUUAAAAGGCUACAGCCAGGAAAUAACGUGGAAGCCGGCCUUUCCGCGAUCAGAAAUUAGUGAAAACGUGAGACACCCGACAGCCACGCAAGCUACGACAGUAUUCCAGAUAAGUCCUUGUGUUUCCGCUGACACCGAAGGACAGGAGAUGGACCCCCAAACCACACUAAAGGAGCAGGUUAGUGUUAGCUGGACAACGACUUGGGAAACGCCCUGGCAGUCAGAUGGAUGUCCAUUAACAAGUAAACAAGGAGUAGAGGAGGAGGAGGAGGAGGAGGAGGAGGAGGAGGAGGAGGAGGAGGAGGGGGGAGGCGCUUGACCAGACGUUUGUCCACUGGAGAGUGAGAGCUGGUCAAGCUGUGGAGGUAUUCUUCAUACAUACACGCGCAAUAACAAAA